CUUACUUUCAAAGCACACACUUAGUCUCAACUAGGGAAUCAACAGAAGCAGAAGCGAUUUUUUUCCCCCUUCUUGACAUCUGGCUUGCGAUUGGCUGGAAGAGGGUCAGCUGACUUUGUCAUUUUGUCUGUCCUGGAUUGGAGCCGUCCCUAUAACCAUCUAGUUCCGAGUACAAACUGGAGACAGAAAUAAAUAUUAAAGAAAUCAUAGCCCGACCAGGUAAAGGCAAAGGGAUGAAUUCCUACUUCACUAACCCCUCCUUGUCCUGCCACCUCACCGGCAGCCAGGAGGUCCUCCCUAACGUCGCCCUGAAUUCCAGCGCCUAUGAUCCAGUGAGGCAUUUCUCGACCUAUGGAGCCGCCGUUGCCCAGAACCGGAUCUACUCGACUCCCUUUUAUUCGCCACAGGAGAAUGUCGUGUUCAGUUCCAGCCGGGGGCCGUAUGACUAUGGAUCUAAUUCCUUUUACCAGGAGAAAGACAUGCUCUCAAACUGCAGACAAAACACCUUAGGACAUAACACACAGACCUCAAUCGCUCAGGAUUUUAGUUCUGAGCAGAGCAGGACUGCGCCCCAGGACCAGAAAGCCAGUAUCCAGAUUUACCCCUGGAUGCAGCGAAUGAAUUCGCACAGUGUGUGUUUUGUGCCCGGAUCUCUAGGGGUCGGCUACGGAGCGGACCGGAGGCGCGGUCGCCAGAUCUAUUCGCGGUACCAGACCCUGGAACUGGAGAAGGAAUUUCACUUCAACCGCUACCUAACGCGGCGCCGGCGCAUCGAGAUCGCCAACGCGCUCUGCCUGACCGAGCGCCAGAUUAAAAUCUGGUUCCAGAACCGCCGGAUGAAGUGGAAGAAAGAAUCUAAUCUCACGUCCACGCUCUCAGGGGGCGGCGGAGGGGCCUCGGCCGACAGCCUGGGCGGGAAAGAGGAAAAGCGGGAAGAGACAGAAGAGGAGAAGCAGAAAGAGUGACCGGAACUGUCCCUGCCACCCGUCUCCCUCGCUCCCCCAAACUCCCUCCAAAAUCACACACUCUGUAUUUAUCACUGGCACAAUUGGUGUGUUUUGACUCCCUAAAACCAAAUUAAGGAGGCAAAUAUGGACCUGAAAGUCAACUCUGGACCCCUCCCUCCGCACAAACUCUCUCCCACCACGCGCCGCCUCCUAGCUCCCUCCCUGGCUCAUCCGGCUGCUCCGCAGGCCCCUUCCCCGCCGAGGCCUGGGGUCGGUCCCUGAGUCUCUCUUCAGAGCCCCAGUCUCCCUCCAAAUGAGAUCUUGGCCUCCAGCCCCCUCGGCGUCCCCUUCUCUCCCCGCAGAGAGCCGGUCCCCGAGUCCCGGCCCCCACUCCGGGGCCUCUGGGCCCGGCCGGCCACCGGGGAGGGCGGGAGGCCGAGGGGGGCUAGUUGUGGCCCCUCAGCAACCCCCAGCCUCCCCCCCAGCCGCAGCCCCUGUCCUCUGCCCCAGCAAAUGCCCAGCCCAGGCAAAUUGUAUUUAAAGAAUCCUGGGGGUCAUUAUGGCAUAUUACAAACUGUGACCGUUUCUGUGUGAAUAUUUUUAGCUGUAUUUGUGGUCUCUGUAUUUAUAUUUAUGUUUAGCACCGUCCGUGUCCCAAUCCCAUCUUUAAAAAGGAAAAAAAAAAUGGGGGGGAAUAACAAAAAAAAAAAAAGAGAGGAAAAAAAGUGAAUGACGUUUGUUUAGCCAGUAGGAGAAAAAAAUAAAUUAAAAAAAAUCCCCUCGUGUUACCCUCCUGUAUAAAUCCGACCUCUGGAUCCGUUCUCGAAUAUUUAAUAAAACUGAUAUUAUUUUUA